AUGGCAACCAUCAGCUCUCUGAGAGGAUCAGAAAUUCCCAUGUUAGAUAAGCCAUCAUCUCCUUUAAGCUGCCCCUCAAAAACGCAACGAAAACACCCUUUAUAUCCAAUUCCCCGCAAAGAAUCCCCGUAUUCCUGGGCCAAAAAAGCUGAAUACAUUGAGAAAAAUCUCGAAAAGGCUGAAUUUUAUUACAAAACUGCAAUUUCCAACGGCGAAAGAGUGGAAAGUUCAGUAAAAGACCUGGCAGGUGUAUUACAUCAGCAAGGCAAAACACAAGAAGCCUGCGAGCUUUUAAUCAAGUAUCAGCAUCUUUUCUCCAAUGAUGCCUCAAAAUACGAAAAUCUCCUUGAAAGUCUGAAGAAGCAAGUGGUCCCUACAGGAAAUUCUCUCAACAAAACCAUCAAAAUUUCUGGGACCAAGCUUCCGAUGACCACAGAUUUCGUAAAGUCCCUAUUUUCCAACUUCUCACGAAUCAAAAGCAUUGAGGUCAAAGAUGAUUAUGCCUUAAGUUAAUUUUAUUAAAAAAAAUUUAUAUUAUAAUAAUUUUUUAAAUAAAAUUAAGUAGUCAAUUAUGCCAUUCUCAAUUUCUCAAGUCAUUCUGCGGCUAGAAAGACUAUAGAAACCUUCAGAUCAGAAGAAAGUUUAAACUUAGAAUGGAUUAAUUCCAAUGGUGAUAUCAUUGGAUCGGUCAUCCUGAAGAAACGAACCUCUGAAUUCUCAUUGUUUGCUGGUGAGAAAUCAGGGGUAAAGUUCCUUGAUAGAGUGAGAGAUUAUACAUAUUUCCCUGAGCGUCCUGUACAAGAAAGCGAAGAUCUUAUUGACGAUAUCCUGGAAAAAUCAAUAUGGUCGUAUUUCACGAUGAACCCUAGCGAGUCGGAUAUACUUCCAGCAGUUUGCCCUUAA